AUGAGCAACGGAGAAGCUCAACCUGCUGCAACUCCGGCUGACCUUGUUUCUACUACCGAUGCCAACAAUGACAAGCCACUCACCAGCAAGGACUACUACUUUGAUUCUUACGCCCACUUUGGUAUUCACGAGGUAACUGGUUUGUCAAGUUUUUAAAAAUUCGAAAAAUAUCUACAGGAAAUGCUGAAAGACGAAGUCAGAACGACUACGUAUCGGAACUCGAUUUACCACAACAGACAUCUUUUCAAAGACAAGAUUGUCAUGGAUGUUGGAUCUGGAACUGGAAUUCUUUCUAUGUUUGCCGCCAAGGCUGGUGCGAAGAGAGUGUUUGCUGUGAGUUUUCAUUGACUAUUUAUCAACUUAAAUUCCGACGAUGUUGCAGAUGGAGUACUCGAACAUGGCUAAAACGUCUCAACAAAUCAUCAAAGACAAUGGCCUCGAUCAUAUCAUCACUGUUAUCCAGGCUAAGGUUGAGGACGUGACGGAACUGCCAGAUAACAUUGAGAAAGUUGACAUAAUUAUCUCUGAAUGGAUGGGAUACUGCUUGUUCUACGAGUCUAUGCUCAAUACCGUUCUGGUUGCCCGUGACAGAUGGCUCCAACCCGAGACUGGUCUGCUGUUCCCUGAUAAGGCAAAGCUGUACGUGUGUGCCAUCGAGGACAGACAAUACAAGGACGACAAAAUUCAUUGGUGGGAUUCCGUCUACGGAUUCAAAAUGUCCGCGAUCAAAAACGUCGCAAUCAAAGAACCGCUUGUCGAUAUUGUUGACAACGGGCAAGUUGUGACCAACAAUUGUUGCAUCAAAGAAGUACGUUGUUCAUAGUUUUUUGCGCAUAGCAUACUACAUCAUUUUCAGGUCGAUCUAUACACCGUAAAGAUUGAAGAUCUGUCGUUCACUUCCGACUUCGUUCUCAAGUGUGCCAGAAACGAUUACAUUCAGGUAGGCUGGUCGAACAGGCGAUUUCAGGCGCCUGCGCCUGUUUUUUCAAGCGCCUGUUUUCUCAACGCAGGGACGCAACGGCGCGUUGAAAAAACAGGCGCCUGAAAAGCAGGCGCUUGUUCGACCAGCCUACAUUCAGGCUCUGGUUACCUUCUUCACCGUCGAAUUCUCUAAGUGUCACAAGAAAACUGGGUUUUCUACCGGACCGGACGUCCAAUACACCCACUGGAAGCAAACCGUCUUCUAUCUCAUGGUAUAUUAUUUGAUACAAUUUUCCAUUGAUUAUAUUCACCCAGGAAUCACUGACCGUGAAAAAGGGAGAAGAAAUCACCGGACGCUUUGAAGUUGCUCCAAACAAGCACAACGAGCGUGACCUUGAUUUCGACAUCACAGUCAAGUUCGACGGAACAGUCUGCAAUCUUGAGGAACACAACCACUACACCAUGCACUAA